AUGCUAAAAGUUGUCCAAAAAUUCCACCCUCGCGGUGCGCGGAAAUCUGCCGAACCGGACCGCAGCAAGGCGUCCUUGUCCCCUGACGCCGACGCAACUGCCUCCGUUCCUGCGCACAGCUCCGCGCUCGAGCAGUCUGUAGCCGUGCGCGAGUCUUUGCAACUCGAAAAAACCGCGGGACACAGCAAUCGCGUCGACUUUUUUACGAAAGGGGAGCCUUUCUUUUGGCUGAGCAACAAUUAUGAUCAGCCGAUCUACAUGGACGGCGUGCGCUAUGCCACACCAGAGCAUCUAUUCCAAGCGUCCAAGUUCUUGGAGCACCGCCCCGAUAUCGCGGCCAAGGUGCGCAAAGCCCCUGGACCCAUUGAUGCGAUUCACGAGGCGCGCAAGCACACGACAGAGGUGCGGUCAGACUGGAUCUUGGAUGGGGUGAAUGUGCACACGAUGCGCAUGGUCCUCCUCGCAAAGUUUACACAAAGCUCUGAGCUGCGCCUCGCGCUCCUUGAGACGGGCGAUGCAGAGCUUGUACACGCAUGCCAAAGCGACGCGUUCUGGGGCUCUGCCGCAUCCCAUGGCGAGUCUGGCCGCGGCCGCAACAUGCUUGGUAGAACGCUUAUGCAGACCCGCGAGCUACUCCGCGUCGCCGCCGGAGUUGGUGUCGGCAGCGGCACUCGCACUGUGUAA